UUUAUUAAAAAGACAUGUUCAUUCAAAAGUAUUUUGUUUUUUAAAUAAUCUUCUUGCUUAAUGUUCGUUAAUAUUUAUUGAUAUGAAUGUUUUCAAUGCUACACGAACUCAUUAUUGCAAAUUUUUUGCCCGCCGAUCUUCAACAUUUCAAAUCAAAGGAGAGAAAUGCAAUUCAGAAAAACUGUCUUCUAAAGCUAUCAGAGGUUUAUUCUUAGAUUAUUUUAUUAAAGAAAAUAAUCACAAGUUUGUUGCUUCCAGUCCAGUAUUUUUAAACAAUGAUCCCUCUUUAUUGUUUGUUAACGCUGGAAUGAACCAGUUUAGAUCUGUGUUGCUGAACAAGACAUAUCCUGGCCACCCGUUCUACGGAUUGAAAAAAGCUGCUAACAGUCAAAAGUGUGUCAGGUUGAGUGGAAAACACAAUGAUUUAAAAGAUGUCGGCAUAGAUUUAUACCAUCAUACAUUCUUUGAAAUGCUUGGCAAUUGGUCAUUUGGUGAUUAUUCUAAACUGGAAGCUUGUAGAAUGGCAUGGCAUCUUUUAACAAGUAUUUAUGGCUUAAAUCCUGAAAAUCUCUAUGUUACUUACUUUGGAGGUGAUCCAGUUCUUGGUGUACUCCCAGACGAGGAAUGUAAAAAUGUUUGGUUGGAAAUUGGUGUGGACCCAAGACAUAUUCUUCCAUUUGGAGCUAAGGACAACUUUUGGGAAAUGGGAGAUAAAGGUCCAUGUGGUCCUUGUACAGAAAUCCAUUAUGAUUUCACUGGGACUGGUUUCCAAGAAGUUUCCCAGAAAAUUAACAAUGAUAAUCCGGAUGUAAUGGAAAUAUGGAACAUCGUUUUCAUUCAAUAUAAUAGAGAACAAGAUAAUGUUUUGAGAACAAUCCCUUCUUUAAACAUUGACACUGGUAUGGGAUUCGAGAGGUUAACAGCAGUACUGCAAGGAGUCCGCUCUAACUAUGACACAGAUAUAUUUAUUCCAAUUUUCAAAGCAAUUCAAAGUAAUUUUAAAGUUCGUCCCUACCUUGGUAAAACUGGAAAUUCAGAUUGUGAUGGUAUCGACACGGCUUAUCGUAUUCUUGCUGAUCAUUCGAGGAUGUUUAGCAUUGCUAUUGCUGAUGGCAUGUUUCCUGACAGUUUUGAUGCUGGGCAUGUGCUUAGAAAAAUCAUCAGAAGAGCUGCUUAUUCAGCGAACAGAGUCAUGAAAACCAAACCUGGAGCUUUGAGCUCUCUAGUUCCAUAUGUUGCUGAAUCAUUAGACUUUUUUCCAGAAGUUACGAAACAUAUUGAGGAGAUCAAAUAUGUUGUCAAUGAAGAAGAAAGAUUGUUUCACCAAACUAUCAACAAAGGACGGAAAGCUAGAAAUAAAAUGCUAUCUACUGGUGGUUUGAGUGUUUUGAAUGGCCAGGGAGUAUGGGAACUCCAGAAAGUCCAUGGUUUGGAAGAAAAUAUAGUUCAAGAUUUGGCAGGUGAAGUUAAUGUAACUAUUGAUUGGGAAGACUAUAAUAAAGUUUUGAAUGAAAAGCAUCAAAACAAUCAAAAGCGGAAAGAAGAAAAAAUUAGUAUGUUUUUUAAAAUUGCAGAACUGUUAAAAGAAUAUGGAGUUACGCACACAAAUGAUUCGUUUAAAUAUAACUACCUGACUAGUGAACAUGAGUUUGGUGUUGAGGGCAUUUCAUCAUCUGUUGCAGCUAUUGUAAAGAAUGGUGAAUUAGUUUCAUCUGCAAUUGAAGGUGAUGAAUGUAUAUUAGUUGCUGAUAAAAGUAACUUUUACUCUGAAGGUGGUGGCCAGAUUUCGGAUAUUGGGCUUAUAUCCAAUGAGAAUUUUCUGCUUGAAGUUAAGCAUGUCUCAUCAUUUCAAGGAUAUACUUUUCAUCAUGGUACUAUAUUAAAAGGCUCUAUAAAUCAAAGGGAUAACAUACAGAUGAAAGUUGAUAAAGAACAUAGAUUGUGCUGUAGUCAAAACCAUACUGCUACCCAUUUAAUCAAUACUGCAUUAAGAAAAAUUUUACCUUACACUGUGCAGAGAUCCUCAUAUGUUGGUCCAACAUAUUUAACCCUUGGAUUUAGUGCAAAAGCAAAACUGUCACCAAAGGAUCUUGAAGUAGUUGAAAAUUUUGUUAAUUCAGCAAUUCUCCAAAAACAUAUUGUGGAAAGGAACGAAAUAAUGUUUGAAGAACUUUUAAAUAUUCCAAAUGCUGUCCUCCUUCGUGGUGAAGAAUAUCCUGACAAUGUAUCAGUUAUUACUGUCGGAAAUAUUGGUCCAGAAUGUGUUUCUGUGGAACCCUGCUGCGGAACGCAUGUCCAUAAUACAUUUGACCUCAGUGAUUUUGUACUCAUUCCCUCCAAGUCUCAUGGUGGUUCAACCAAGCUCAUCAGUGCUGUGACAGGAAAGCAAGCUGACAUCAUCAGAAAGAAUUAUGUCAAUUUUGAGCAAGAAGCUCUUCCGUUGAAGGAAAAAGUUGACAGCACUCUCUCAGAGAUCAAUAUGCCUUUGAAUACAUAUCUGGAUUUGUUGAGAGAAGUUAGAGUUUUAUUAAAGAAAGUUCAGUCUAGUUAUGACAUACCCUUACUCAAACAAGAAGAAUGUGAAAAUUUGCUAGAAGAUUUAAAGCUGAAGCUUUAUGAUGUUGUUAAUAGUUCAUCUAAAACAGACUUAAAAAUGGGGCUGAUUUCUGGAACUGAAUGUAGCUCUACUGUUGCGGUUAAACUUCUGAAGUCAAGAAAUUUACCUGAAACUGAUGAUUCCUUCAAAUAUAAUUGUAAAAACGCAGGUGUUAAGUCAAUUUCUGCCAAGCUUUUAGCUUGCUUUGAGAACCAAGAGUCAGUUGAAAGCAUAGAAAGAGGAUUUCAAUGCCAGAUUGUGUUAGAUAGAACAAAUUUUUAUUCUGAAGAAGAUAAUCAAACCAGUGAUGAAGGUCACAUAUCUUGUAAUGAAUUUACAGUUAAGAUUCAUAAAGCUUAUAAAGUAGAUGGAUUUAUUUUCCAUGAUGGAUUUGUUGAGGAUGGCAAAGUUACUCCAAAUCAGGAUGUCAAGUUAAUUAUAAAUCAGGACCAUCGGUUAGCCUGUUCACAACACCAUUCAGCUCUGCACCUUCUCAACUCAGCUUUGAAAAAAGAGUUAUCCUACUUCUUCCCCUACAGUGCUCAGUGCGGCUCAAAAGAUCUUCAGCUUACAUUCACUACAAAAGGAACUAUAAGCGAUGGACAGCUACAAAGCAUAGAAAACUUUGUUAAUGAUUGCAUUUCUAAGGAUAUGCCUGUGAACAAAGGGUUAGUUCCUUUGAAAUCACUGAAAGAAAUUCCAAAUUACAAGACAUCAUUGGUAAAAGAAUGCAAAAACAUGGUUCCUAUUGUUUCUAUUGGAAAAGAAAAUUCUUUUAUAUCAGUUGAACCUUGUUGUGGAACACAUGUUUCCUCCACUGCUGAACUUGGCCGUUUUAUAAUCCUCUCACAUAAAUCAAAUAAAAAUAAGGAAAAAAUAAUCAGAGCUGUUUGUGGGAAACAAGCAGAAGUAGUUAAAUCAGAUGGUGAUGUUUAUAACAAGACCUUGCUUGAACUUGAAGAAUAUGCAUCGAAUUGUUUGAAAACCUCAAAAGUAUGUUACAUUGUGAAUAAUUUGGAACUUUGGGACUGUUUGCAAGAAUUAAAAUCUGCCAAAGUUCGCCAAGAGGAUGAAUUACCUCUCCUCUUAUUCCGAAGUCAUCAGGAUAUAUUGUCAGAAUUAACUAAAAGAAUAACUCAUGUUACAUCAGACUUUGUUCAAAAAGGAUUUGAAAAUAUGAAAUCUGAAAUGCCAGCUAUUUUGGAGAAGUUCAAAAAUAAGAGUUUUAUUGUUCACAUGCUGGAAUGUAGGGGAGACGGUAGGAAAAUAUUAAACUAUGCAAUUGAGAACUCCUCUGACAAACCCUGUAUUUAUUUCAUCAGAGAAGGCAAUCAAUCUGUGAUAUGCUCUUGCAGUGUUCCUAAGAAUUUAAUUAGUUCAACUUUUUCUGCCUUGCUGUGGAUAAAUCCUGUAGCAUCUCUACUGGAAGGCCGAGCUCGAACUCUCUUUAAAGAUCCUGAACUUUUUUAUUCUGUUGUGUCUAAAAGAUUAGAUAGAUUGGAUGAUGCAGUGAGUUUAGCAGAAAAGUUUGUGAGAAACAAUUUGAAAGGAAGAUAAUAGUUUAUCAAUGUUAUGUAGCCAAUGUAAAUAGUUUCACAAAUAAAGUAUUUUAUCUUA